GUUGUGACGCUUGCGCAGUGCGGCGGGCCCGUUGCUGAAAGAAUACAACAUGAUUAUGGCCCUGAGUAAAACGUUCGGCCAGAAGCCGGUAAAAUUUCAGUUGGAGGAAGAUGGAGAGUUUUACAUGAUCGGGUCCGAGGUAGGAAACUACCUGCGCAUGUUCAGGGGAUCCUUGUACAAGAGGUACCCAUCUCUCUGGCGACGUCUGGCAACUGUAGAAGAAAGGAAGAAAAUUGUUGCUUCUUCCCAUGGAAAGAAAUAUCAUGGUUACACAACCUUAGCUACCAGUGUUACACUCUUGAAAGCUUCCGAAGUUGAGGAGAUCCUUGAUGGAAAUGAUGAAAAAUACAAAGCUGUUUCUAUCAGCACAGAGCCUCCAACCUACCUCAGGGAGCAGAAGGCAAAACGAAACAGCCAGUGGGUCCCAACCUUGCCCAACAGCUCUCACCAUCUGGAUGCUGUGCCCUGCUCUACUACUAUCAACAGAAACCGCCUGGGCCGUGACAAGAAGAGGACUUUCCCCCUAUGUUUUGACGACCAUGAUCCUGCAGUCAUCCAUGAGAAUGCUUCACAGCCUGAAGUUCUUGUUCCCAUUCGCCUGGAUAUGGAAAUUGAUGGGCAGAAAUUACGAGAUGCCUUUACAUGGAACAUGAACGAGAAGUUGAUGACCCCAGAGAUGUUUGCAGAGAUUCUUUGUGAUGACCUUGAUUUGAAUCCCCUCGCCUUUGUUCCUGCCAUUGCUUCAGCCAUUCGCCAGCAAAUUGAGUCCUAUCCCACUGACAGCAUCCUUGAGGAUCAGUCUGAUCAAAGAGUCAUUAUUAAGCUAAAUAUCCAUGUUGGGAACAUUUCAUUGGUUGACCAGUUUGAGUGGGACAUGUCUGAAAAGGAGAAUUCUCCUGAGAAAUUUGCCCUGAAGUUAUGUUCAGAACUUGGUCUUGGUGGGGAGUUUGUCACAACUAUUGCAUACAGCAUACGAGGACAGCUCAGCUGGCAUCAGAAGACUUAUGCGUUCAGUGAAAAUCCACUGCCAACUGUAGAGAUUGCAAUCCGGAAUACAGGUGAUGCAGACCAAUGGUGCCCUCUUCUGGAAACCCUAACUGAUGCAGAAAUGGAGAAGAAGAUCCGUGACCAGGACCGGAACACCAGGCGUAUGAGACGUCUUGCCAACACUGCACCGGCCUGGUAAACAGCCCCCUCCCGACGAAACUCGCGGUUCACAUCCUGGAGAUGGAACCCCCUCCCCAAAAAUAAAUACAAUGUAUCGAUUUAAACUCAAAAAUUCAAGACUUUAAAGAUCAUAAAACAAGAGGAGUGUGGUCCCAGCCCCUCUUGAGCCCAAAGCAUAGGGAGUGGGGGACACAUUCCACUUGCUAAGCAGCUGUGUGCUGCUGAGUUUUGCUCCCUCAAAUCCCUUCCUUCCAUGUACAGAGAGUGAUGCAUAAGUGCUACAUGACUACCGGAAGACCUGAGACAGAUGUCCCAAGCCCUCCUUUAUACCUGUGUACGUGAUAAUGUAAAACUUUUUGUGUUAUAUUUUUCAUUUGUAUAGGUGCCAUCUGCACUUGUAGGAUAAAGUUUUUAAAUAAAAUUAAUUCUCAAUA